GGACUUUGUCCUAGGACAGAGGAGCUGCCUGAUAUGGAAGGAGGGGGCCCCUCUGGAGCUAUAAAGCCUGCCAGCCCACUGAGCUAGUGAGCUCAGUCCCAUUCUGUCUGUUACGUUCAGGAAUCGGGAGAGAGCAGGGUGCCCGCCCAGCCCUGGAGACCAGGACCCUAGCAGUGCACUGCCCCGGAGUUCUGCUGCCUGCCACAACACCGUCCUCAGUGCUCCCGGUCACAGACAGUAUGGGAUCUCGGUUCCUCCUGGCUGUGUUCCUCGUCCUCCUGGUGCUGGGAUGUGAGGUCCAGGCAACCCCUGAAGAUGAUCCGGGCAGCCCAGCUCUGCUGGACAAGGUGCAGCAGUCUCUUUACCGUUACUGGGACUCUGCCAAGGAGGCUGCCCAAGGCCUGUACAGCAGCAAAUUCCUGACCACUGUGGAUGAGAAACUCAGGGACACGUACAGCAAAAGCUCUGCGGCCAUGAGCACUUACGCGGGCAUUUUUACGGACCAGCUCCUCCUUCUCCUAAAGGGAGAAUAAUGUCAUGCAAACCCCAAGUCAGAGGAAGGGAGAACCUGGCCCUCGACCUCUUCGCUCUCAUCACCUGAUCAGGAUGGCCUUACAUCCCCCUGUCCCAGCAGCCCUGUCCUCCUGCUCUGACCUGUAGACUGAAUUCUUCCAGUGAAAGAAUAAAUUGAUCCAGGUUCAUUGA